UAGAAAGCAGUCAUGGCAAACAAUAGAAACACGUAACAGACAAUGAACUAUAAAGCCAUGGAAGCUGAAACCUACUUCUUGGUUAUCAUCAUCUCCCUCUUUUUUCUGUGGCAUUGGCUUGCAAAAUAUCAGAAGCUAAAACCUAACCAGUCUCACAAACUCCCCCCUGGUCCAAAGAAGCUACCUUUCAUAGGGAACCUGCAUCAACUAUCAGGAGCAGGUUCACUUCCACAUCGUGCUUUCUACAACCUUGCUCACAAAUAUGGACCUCUCAUGCAUCUCCAACUUGGUGAGAUUUCUGCAGUGGUUGCAUCCUCCCCCGACUUGGCGAAGGAAAUAUUGAAAACCAAUGAUACUGCUUUUGUGCAGAGGCCUCAAUUUGUUUUCGGUGACAUUUUGUCCUAUGGAGGAAUGAAUAUUGUUUUUGCUCCGUACGGUGAUUACUGGAGACAAAUAAAAAAAAUAUCUGUGUUGGAGCUUCUGAGCGCCAAAAGGGUCAAGUCUUUCUCUUUCAUUAGAGAAGAGGAGACAGCAAAGUUCAUAGAUUCAAUUCGAAAAUCAGCAGGUUCACCCAUCAAUCUUACUGCUAAAAUUUACUCCUUGAUAAGUGAUUUUGUUUUCAGGGCAGCUUUUGGUAGAAAAUACAAGGACCAAGAAUAUGUUGUGCCUUUGAUGCGAAGAGUGAUAGAAGAAGCAACAGGAUUUGGUUUAGUAGAUUUUUUUCCUUCGUUGAAAUUCAUACAUUUCAUAACUGGGAAGAGGGCGAAAUUGGAGAAGCUGCAGAAGCAGGUUGACGAGGUAUUGGAUAACAUUGUCAAAGAACAUGAAGAAAAACGAAGAGAGGCAAAAGAAGACGGCGUUGAAGUGGAGGAUGAGGAUAUCGUCGACGUUCUCCUCACAAUUCAACAAAAUGACAAUCCCAACCUCAAAAUGACGACGACACAAAUCAAAGCUUUGAUAUUGGAUAUAUUUGUGGCGGGAACUGAUACUUCAGCGUCAGUUUUAGAGUGGAUCAUGGCAGAAAUUGUGAAGAACCCAAGAGUGAUGGAGAAAGCACAGAGUGAGAUAAGAGAAGCAUUUAGAGAAAAGGAAAGAAUUGAUGAAAGUGAUGUAGAGGAGCUUAAUUAUUUGAAGUUGGUGAUGAAAGAAACGUUGAGGUUACACCCACCAGUUCCUUUGUUGCUCCCGAGAGAAUGCAGUGAAUUAAGCGAGGUUGGUGGAUACGAAAUACCAGAAAAGACGAGAGUUAUGAUAAACGCAUGGAGUCUUGGAAGAGAUCCUGAAUAUUGGAGUGAUGGUGAAAAGUUUGUACCAGAGAGGUUCGAAGGUAAUGGUGUGGAUUUCAAAGGGAAUAACUUUGAGUAUGUGCCAUUUGGGGCUGGAAGGAGAAUGUGCCCAGGCAUGACAUUUGGUGUAGCCAGCAUUAUGCUUCCGCUGGCUUUAUUACUCUUUCACUUCAACUGGGAACUACCAAAUCAGAUGAAAGCUGAGGAUAUGGAUAUGUCUGAACACUUCGGAGUGGUCAUUAGCAGGGAAAACGAGUUGCGUUUAAUUCCCUCUCUUUAUCAUCCCUGACUUCAUCUUUAUCAACUUCACUUUUUAGCUUUAAAUCAUUAGGUGCUAGGAAAAUAAAACCUACUGCUUUAUACCGUAUUCUACCAUGUAUAAGUAACGUUGGGUUGAAAACGUAUGAAUGAGUUUAAGUUUAUAAA